GGAGUUUUAAAUCGACGACGCCUAUUCAACGAGAUCAUAAUCUAAGUGUGGUGUUGUGUUAAAACUGUAUUGCGAUUUGUUGAAGUGUGUUGGAUGUUGGAUGCUUUCAGAGGUUAGAUCUAUAUAGGAAGGAAAAAUUGAGAUUGAGAUUGAGAUUGAAAAGGGAAGAGGCGGAAAAAUGACGUCGAAAUUUAUAACGAAUGAUGGUGUGUCUAUUGCGUAUAGCGAUACGGAUUCGCAGAAUGAGAAAGGACUGGAAUGCUUGAUUCUUUUGCAUGGAUUUACUGGUUCGAAAGAUGUUUGGCAAAAGAAUAUAACUGCCUUGCGGAAAGCAUACCGUGUUAUUGUACCGGAUCUGAGGGGUCAUGGAGAUAGCCAGAAACCAAAACAUGGAUAUCAUGUUAGUCGUCUCGCGAUGGAUUUGCAUGAACUCACACAGCAUAUUAUCACUUCAUCGGCUGCCAGCCCAAAGGGCACUCGAGUAGACAAGAAGUUCCUUGCUAUUGGCGGCAGUCUCGGAUGUGCUAUCUUAUGGAGUUAUGCUGAGCUUUUUGGGACCAGCUUGUUUAGGAAAAUGAUGUUUGUGGAUCAGAGUCCUCUUCAAAAUUCGUCGUUGGAUGGUUGGGAUAGCCGGUUUUGUAACCGCGGUAUGAAUAGUCCGUGGGCAAUUGCUUCGCUUCAGAAGACGCUGGAGUUGGCGCCGGAAAUGGCACAUCAUGGAACUAUUGCGGCUUGUUUGGGAUAUCGAUAUGCACCUCUCGAAGCGGAGGUGGGACUUCGGGCGCAGAAGGAUAUGGAUGAUGAUGAGGCUUUUUUCUUAGGAGAGGCACUUAAGGGGGAUGGAAGAUGGUUGGGAAAACUUAUGGAGGAUCAUACGGCGAAGGAUUGGAGAGAUAGUCUUCGUGCUUGUUUUGGACCCGAGAGUGGGAGUGAGACGGAGGUUUUGGUGGUAGGUAGUAGUAGGAGUGGAUGCUUUCCUGCAGAGGGAGUAAUGAAGAUUGUGGAAUUUAUAAAUGAGGGGUUGGAAGCUGGUGGAGAGAGCAAGGAAGGAAAGGCACGGGGUGUAGUAGUUGAUUGGGGCGGCCAUUGGUGUUAUUGGGAGGACCCGGAGAAGUUUAACAACUUGGCAUUGGAAUUCCUAGGAGGCAAUUAAAGAAUGAAUCAGAAAAUUACGCACCAGCAUAGCAAAAUGGAUGGAGCAGGUAGCAUGAAGAGAAAUCACAUAGGUAUUUGGUCCUGCAUUGUCUCAAGAAUUUUCAACGGUCGAAAAGUGUUCGAUCGGGAAAUCUAAUUUGAUGUUUGGGAGGGAGACUUUGAUACUCUAGGCUAUGUGUAUAAUUGAAUGUUUCACUUUUCUUGUUGGUAGUUAAUUGAAUGCUGGGUAUGGGUUGCUCUUUUUCUUUCUAAAAUUUCUAUAUUUUUUUUUUAAAAAAAAAAAAAUAUCCACAAUACCCA